AUGGAGGACCACAGCCCCAAGCCCAUCCGCUGCAAAGGUGGCGCCAGCGUUUCCGAGAAUCUUGGGACACGAGGAACCAUUGUUAUUUGUUCAUUGGAAAUACAAUACUCGUGUGCUGCAAAGCGGCCUCUGACGACGGCGGCGUCUUCGCCGCGGAGAUGCAGGGUGGUGGAGAGCGUGGGCGAGCACGUGGAGGGCUUCGCCGCCGGCGACGCAGUGGUGCCAACGUUGCUGGGCCAGUGCGACCGCUGCCCCAGCUGCAAGUCGGCGCACAACAACCUGUGCACCUCGGUGCCGGUGACCUUGGCCCCCGGGAUGCGGCGCGACGGCACCACCCGGUUCCGGGACGCGCAGGGGAACCAGCUGCACGACCUCUUCGCCGUGUCCAGCUUCAGAGAGUACGCCGUCGUGGACGUGACCCAGGUCGUCAAGGUCGACCCCGCCAUCCCGCCCAAGAUCGCCUGCCUCCUCGGCUGCGCCGCCGGCACCGGUGUGGGAGCUGCGUGGAGGUUGGCCAAGGUGGAACCUGGUUCGUCAGUUGCAAUCUUUGGCCUGGGAUCGGUCGGAUUGGCGGUGGCACAAGGUGCAAAAAUGUGCGGAGCGUCAAAGAUUAUCGGUGUUGAUCUGAACCCUGAAAAGGAGAAAGUUGGGAAAGCUUUCGGCGUGACGGAUUUCGUUAAUCCAACACAAAUAGACAGGACCUCCGUCAGUGAGGUUAUCGGCGGGAUGACAGGCGGCGGCGUCGAUUACAGCUUCGAGUGCGUCGGUGUGCCCUCGGUCAUGACCGAUGCGUUCAGAAGCACCAAGACGGGCAAUGGCAAGACGAUCAUCCUGGGUCUGGGGAACCAAACCGAUCUGUUGUGUGUGCCGGCCCUGGAGCUCCUGUUCGGCAAGUGUGUCAUGGGAUCGGCCUUGGGCGGGAUCAAGCCCAAGACCGACAUCCCGAUCCUCGCCGAGAAAUGCAUGAGCAAGGAGCUGGAGCUGGACGGGCUGGUCACGCACGAAGUAGGCCUCCGGGAGAUCAACACAGCCUUCGACCUGCUCCUGCAGGGGAAGAGCUUGCGGUGCAUCAUAUGGAUGGACAAAUGACCACCGUCGUCGUUAAAUUGUGGCUCUGAAAAGAACGGUGGAGCGGCAGAAUAAAAAAAAUGUUACCUUGUUUCAGUUUGCAUGCAUUGAUGAUGUGCCGUUGUAAAGGUCGUUUUUUCUUGGAGAAGGGAAGUUUUAUUUUCUAGUGGACGCGUAUCAAGAGAGCUGCAAUUCUUUGCAAAUGUAAGAGCAGCUUGGGGAGAAGUAGAACGUAUGUGCAUUGGAUCUUA